AUGUUGUAUAAUGUAGUCUUGAACCCAUAUAAACAUCAAGCAAUUGAGUUUGAAGAACAUAUUCAUACUGAACAUGAAGAUGAAAUCUCGCCUGAACUCGAAGCCUAUUUACAAACAGAUCCUCAUCAUGGCUUAACUCUUUCUGAGGUACAAGAACGACAAAUGAAAUUUGGAAUAAAUAAGCUUCCUGAAAAGAGAACAAACCCAUUCUUCAAGUUCUUUGGUUAUUUUACGGGCCCUAUAUCCUAUUUGAUUGAAAUAUCUUGUGUCAUUGCUGCUGUAGUGGGUGAUUGGAUUGACUUUGGGAUCAUUUUAGCUUUAUUAAUCUUGAAUGCAGUUAUAGGUUUCUUUGAAGAAUCAAAAGCAGAGUCUGCUUUAGAUGCUUUAAGACAAACAUUGGCUUUAAAGACUCGCACCUAUCGUAAUAAUGAAUUAAUAGAGGUUGGUGUUCAUGAACUUGUCCCCGGUGAUAUCAUUAUUCUUCGUAUUGGUGAUAUCGUCCCUGCAGAUGCUCGUCUCCUAGGUUUAGGCAUCAAUGGUGAAGAAAAUAAUACUGAGCUUUUCAUUGAUCAAUCAGGUUUAACUGGUGAGUCUCUUCCUGUCCCCAAGAGGAAAGGAAACACAGUUUAUUCCUCUAGUGUAAUUAAACAAGGUCAACAGCUUGCAAUUGUAACAAAAACGGGUAUAGAUACGUUUAUUGGACGUGCUGCUAAUUUAAUUGCUAUUACCACAGAGGAAGGCCACUUUCAGAAGACGAUAGCCAAGAUUGGAAAUUUUCUAAUUUGGUCUACUAUCCUGUUAGUACUGAUUGUCUUUGUCUAUCAAAUGAUUCAUUUCCGUGGUACUGAUAAGGGGAAUUGGAAGCUUGUGCUAGAGAACUGUCUGGUUUUAACUGUGGCUGCUAUCCCGGUCGGUCUCCCUACCGUCAUGUCCGUCACGAUGGCUAUAGGUGCUAAACAAUUAGCUGCAAAAAAGGUCAUUGUAAAACGGUUAACAGCUGUAGAAGAAUUAGCUUCGGUUUCUAUUCUUUGUUCCGAUAAGACUGGAACCUUGACUUUGAAUGAGUUGACAUUUGACAAGCCCUGGUUGAAAAACGAUUACAGUGAGGAAGAUAUCUUGCUUUACUCUUACCUGGGUGCUGAACCUGGCACAAAUGACCCUAUUGAAUCCGCUAUACGUCGCGCUGCUGAAUCUCAACUCGACAUUCUUCAAAAUCGCAAAAAUAAUCGUGAUAUACCUGGUUAUAAGGUCAUUCAGUUUAUUCCUUUCGAUCCUGUUACGAAAAUGACAAAGGCGACCGUCGUGGAUCUGACAAGUAAUGAAACAUGGUCUAUCGUCAAGGGUGCCCCUCAAGUCAUUACAAAGUUAGUAGGAGGUGAUGAUGAAGCCGUUCAUGCCGUCAACUCCCUUGCUCGUCGUGGAUUACGUGCUUUAGGGGUGGCUAAAUCAAUAAAGGUCAGUAGUCAUGAAGAAAAAGAGGAAGAAGAAGAAGAGUAUGAAAUGAUCGGAAUGAUCUCCCUUCUUGAUCCUCCACGUCCUGAUUCUCAAUCCACUAUCGCCCAAUGCAAUGCCCUCGGUGUGUAUGUGAAGAUGAUUACAGGUGAUCAACUCAUUAUUGCAAAGGAAGUCGCUGCUCGUCUUGGAAUGGGUCGUGUCAUCCUUGAUUCUCAAUACCUGAUAGACCCUGAUAAAUCUGAGAGUGAAAUUACAGAACACUGUAUUCGUGCUGACGGUUUUGCACAAGUUGUUCCUGAACACAAGUAUCGUGUGGUUGAAUUACUUCAGAAUAAAGGUUUAUUAGUAGGCAUGACAGGUGACGGUGUAAAUGAUGCCCCCGCUCUUAAAAAGGCAGAUGUAGGUAUCGCUGUUGAAGGUUGUACGGAUGCUGCUCGUUCUGCUGCUGAUAUCGUAUUAUUGGCUCCAGGCCUUUCUACCAUUACAGAUGGUAUCAUCACUUCUCGUUCCAUUUUUCAACGUCUUCGUUCUUAUGCUCUUUAUCGUAUCACAUCAACCAUUCACUUUUUAUUCUUUAUGUUUAUUGUAACUUUAGUUGAGGAUUGGUCAAUGCCUGCUGUACUCUUGAUUAUGAUUUGUGUAUUGAAUGAUCUUGCUACUUUAGUUAUUUCAGUUGAUAAUACAGAAAUCUCUCAAAAGCCAGAUAAAUGGCGUAUUGGUCAAUUACUUACUUUGUCCUUUAUUCUUGCUAUUUUAUUAUCUAUUUUGUCUUUUGCAACCUUUUAUAUUGCUAGAUAUGUAUUUUACGUAACCGAACAUGAAUUGAACUCAAUCAUGUACUUGCAUAUUUCCUCAGCACCUCAUUUUGUCAUCUUUUCAACUCGUGUUCCCGGAUAUUGGUGGAGGAAUAUGCCUAAUUGGAUAUUUACUCUGUGUAUUCUUGGAACCCAAGUUAUUGCCUUAUUCUUUUCUGUUUAUGGUGUAUUUGGUGAACAUGAAGGAGUUGCACCUUGUGGUUAUGGUUGGGGUCUCUCUGUCCUUGGCAUCUCCUUAGUUUAUUUUAUGAUCCUAGAUAUUGUUAAAGUUUGUAUCUUACGUGCAUGGAAUUUUGAAAUGACAGCCAAAUUAGUACCUACCAAGACACGCAAGCAUAAAUUAGCAGAACGUAUGACUAUCGCUGAAAAGAAUCAGCAUAUAGCAGCAGCGUGGCAUACGUUUAGAGAGCCUACAGAAGCUUACACAAUUGCUACUGCAUUUAGGAAUUUUACUCAAACGUCCAGUUAAAGUUUAUUUUGUUUCUCUUAUACAUUAUAGCUCUUUUUUUCCUCUCUCAUUACAUACACACAUAUAUACAUACACAGAUACAUACAUAUAAACAUAAAUAUAAACAUAUAUAU